GGGGGCUGUGCGACUGAAGAGCCGCUGCAGCUGUAUAGUGCUAACCGUGGUGCAUACGUAAUCAGCGUCACUACCAAGAGUGGUGAGUAGCUGGAGCUGUUUCCUCGAAGAUGGCGGGGUGCAGACGUGUUCAAUUGCUUUCACUGCUAUGGAUGGUGGUUUUAGUUGCCGUGUGUGAAGUGAAAGAAAGCCUUGCCAAUGCUCUCAACAGUGCGAACUUUAAACCAAAUGCUGCCAACUCCGAACAGGCUGUCGUGGGCCCGGUCACCCAGACUCGCCGGACUAACGCCUGGAAGCUGGCCGAUGAGGAGGCCUGUCGUGAAGACCUGACCCGUUUGUGUCCCAAACAUACCUGGGGCAACAACCUUGCCGUGCUCGAGUGUCUUCAAGAUCGGAAGGACGACUCAGAAAUUUCUUCCGACUGCAAUCAUCUUUUAUGGAAAUAUAAACUUAACUUAACAACUGAUCCCAAGUUUGAGUCUGUAGCAGUGGAUGUCUGUAAAAGCACAAUUUCUGAGAUUAAAGAAUGUGCUGAGGAAGAAAGGGGCAAAGGCUAUUUAGUGUCCUGUUUAGUUGAUCACCGUGGAAACAUUACAGAGUACCAGUGUCAUCAAUACAUUACCAAAAUGACUGCUAUAGUCUUUAGUGAUUACAGACUCAUCUGUGGCUUUAUGGAUAGCUGCAAAGAAGAUAUUAACAUUCUGAAAUGUGGCAGCAUUAUAACAGGCGAGAAGGACAUACAUUCCCAAGGUCAGGUAAUUGCUUGCCUGGAGAAAGCAUUAGUAAAGGAAGCGGAGAUUCAAGACAGUAGACCUCCGAUCAAGGAAGAAUGCAAAAAAUCCAUUCUGCGAGUUGCUGAGCUCUCAUCAGAUGAUUUUCACCUUGACCGAUACCUCUACUUUGCCUGCCGUGAUGACAGGGAACGCUUUUGUGAAAAUACUCAGGCUGGUGAAGGCAGAGUUUACAAGUGUCUCUUUAACCACAAGUUUGAAGAAUCCAUGUCUGAGAAGUGUCGAGAUGCAUUGACAACACGGCAGAAGCUGAUUGCUCAGGAUUACAAGGUCAGCUACUCCCUUGCAAAGGCCUGCAAAGUGGAUUUGCGUAAAUAUCGUUGUAAUGUGGAAAACCUCCCCCGUGCCCGAGAAGCACGUCUGUCAUAUCUCCUGUUAUGUCUGGAGUCAGCUGUGCACAGAGGUCGGACAGUCAGUGGUGAGUGUCAAGGAGAAAUGCUGGAUUAUCGAAGAAUGUUAAUGGAAGACUUCUCACUGAGCCCAGAGAUAGUCCUGAAUUGCCGUGGUGAAAUUGAGCACCAUUGUUCUGGCCUUCACCGCAAGGGGCGCACUCUUCAUUGCCUAAUGAGAGUUGGCAGAGGGGAGAAGGGCAACCUUGGUGCUGUUUGCCAGCAGGCAUUACAAACACUUAUCCAGGAGACUGAUCCUGGUGCCGAUUACAGAAUUGAUCGUGCCCUGAACGAAGCUUGUGAAUCUGUUAUUCAGACAGCCUGCAAACAUAUACGUAAUGGAGAUCCCAUGAUUCUAUCAUGUCUGAUGGAGCAUCUUUACACUGAAAAGAUGGUGGAAGAUUGUGAGCAUCGCCUUCUUGAGUUGCAGUACUUUAUAUCCCGGGACUGGAAGCUUGAUCCAAUUCUGUACCGCAAGUGCCAAGGAGAUGCUGCUCGACUUUGUCAUACUCAUGGCUGGAACGACACUAAUGAAGUUAUGCCACCUGGGGCCAUUUUCUCCUGCUUGUAUCGCCAUGCUUAUCGCACAGAGGAACAGGGACGUAGGUUAUCACGAGACUGCAAGGCUGAGGUUCAACGAAUACUUCACCAGCGUGCUCUUGAUGUGAAACUUGAUCCUUCCUUGCAAGAAAGAUGCAUGAAAGACUUGGGCAAAUGGUGCAGUGAGAAGACAGAAAGUGGACAGGAACUCGAGUGUCUGCAGGAUCACAUGGAGGACCUGAUAAUUUCUUGCAGAGAGAUUGUGGGCAAUCUAACAGAGUUGGAGUCUGAGGACAUUCAGAUUGAAGCUUUGUUAAUGAGAGCCUGUGAGCCCAUCAUUCAGACCUACUGCCAUGUGAGUUUUGUGUGUAUUUGUUUUUUCUUAACUUUUCCCAUUGCCUUCAGGGUACCCAGUGGUUUUCUUUUUGUUAGAAUGGUUCCUGGCCUUACCAAAGGUAUUCUGAAGUUUAGUCUUAUUAGGGGAAGAGCAAUAGGUCCUUGGUCUUGGGUAGAUGUGGUUAUCUGCUUGAGUACAACUGUAAGAAAUGAUACCCUGCAGGAUAUAAAAGAUCAACGUGUUUCUCUGAAGUGUCGGAAACAGCUAAGAGUAGAGGAACUGGAAAUGUCUGAAGAUAUUCGUUUAGAACCAGAACUGUAUGACUCUUGCAAGCAAGACAUUGGAAAGCAUUGCCAGAAUGUGCCCUAUGGAAAUGCUCAGAUGAUCGAAUGUCUGAAAGAUAAUAAGAAACAGUUGACUCAGCGCUGUCAUCAAAAGAUAUUCAAGCUGCAGGAGAAUGAAAUGAUGGAUCCUGAGUUAGAUUACACCCUCAUGAGGGUUUGUAAACAGAUGAUUAAGCGGUUUUGUCCCGAAUCAGACUCUAAGAACAUGCUGCAGUGUCUUAAACAGAAUAAAAACAGUGAGCUGAUGGAUCCAAAGUGUAAACAAAUGAUCACCAAACGCCAAAUCACCCAGAGCAGUGAUUAUCGCCUAAAUCCAGUGCUUCGAAAAGCCUGUAAGGCAGAUAUUCCAAAGUUUUGUGAGAGCAUUCUCAUCAAAGCCAAAGAUGACAGUGAGCUUGAGGGACAAGUCAUCUCUUGUCUAAAACUUAAAUAUGCAGAUCAGCGUCUUUCUCCAGAUUGUGAAGACCAGAUCCGAGUAAUUCUUCAGGAAUCUGCACUUGACUAUAGGCUAGACCCCCAGCUUCAGCUGCAUUGUUCUGAUGAGAUAUCUAGUUUGUGUGCAGAGGAGGCUGCUGCUCAGGAGCAAACUGGACAAGUUGAAGAAUGUUUGAAAGCAAACUUACUCAAGAUUAAAAAUGAACAGUGCAAGAAGGAAGUGCUUAACAUGUUGAAAGAAAGCAAGGCAGACAUUUUUGUGGAUCCAGUCUUGCAUACUGCAUGUGCGCUGGAUCUUAAACAUCAGUGUGCAGCAAUCCUUCCAGGAAAAGGAAGACAGAUGUCUUGUCUAAUGGAAGCACUAGAAGAUAAACGGGUUCGUUUGCAACCAGAGUGCAAGAAGAGAUUACAGGACCGCAUUGAGAUGUGGAGCUAUGCAGCCAGGGUAGCACCAGCAGAGGGGUUUGCUGACCUGGCUAUGCAAGUGGUGAUGUCUCCUUCAAAGAACUACAUACUGUCAAUGAUGGCACUUUGUGUUUGUAUGCUGUUCCUGGUUGGAAUUCUUUGUGGCCGUAUAACCAAGCGUGUAACACGUGAGCUUAAGGACAGGUAGAACUACCUUAAUUGUAUGUACCCCAGUUUUUCCUCGGUCUAUUCCUGCCUUUUACCAACCACUGCUCUCAUCAUUCUGUCAUGUCUUGGACCUGUACAGCCAAGCUCUGGGGAACACCUUGCAGCUAAAUUCCUUCAGUGCCACUCUUCUCCAGCUGAAGCUUCAGCAGUGAUUCCACCUGUCUUACAGUCAAGCCUGAGUUUGACAAGGCAGGUUGUUCCCCUCCUGCCAGCUAAGAGACUUGUUCAGUUACUUUUAGUCGUGUUUAUCCACUGUGUAUAUCUGCCAUCCUUCAAUCAAAUGGACCUUAACAUGAGGGCUCAAGGAGUUCUUGAUGUAAAGAUGAAUCAUUCAGAAUUCUCUGUCACUUUUGCUUCUGCAUGUUUUAUUUUCUUAUGCAAUUUUUGGGGAAUGGGGGAGGGGUAGUUUUGGGUUUGGUCUGGUGCUGGUGAGUAGCACUAAUGCUCUUUAACAUCUAACCACUUCCUUUUUUUGCGGUGCCAUUUUUUUUUUCCAUGUUGGUAUUGCACUUCAUUGGGAAUGGGCGGCAGGGUUUUUCAGAAGAGAGGGGCUCUUGGCACAGAUGGAAAAGAUGUAUAUUUUUACUUGGACAGAACUAUUGAUUUCCUGUAUGCUGGCUUUAAAGUUUGACUGUUUUAAUAUUUUAGGAUACAAAUUGAAGGUUAUUUGCACACAUUGUUUUUUUUUUUUGUUUUUUUUUGGUUGGGGUGGGCAGGGUUUAGGGGAUUGUUAAAUAUUGCUCAGUCCUCAGCAAGACUUCCAGCUUUUGAAAUGUGACUGUUUUGAGCCUUUGAGCCUAUAAAAUUAUUUUAGAUUAUUGAAUGGCUAUAGCUGGAGGUCUAGUAGACUGCUGUAAAAUGAAAAUUGAAUGGAUCUUCUUUUACAUGUAACCAUAUCAAAAUUUUUGUUGCCUUGGAGUGCAGUAUUCCAGAUCAUGAAGAUUCUGCCUUUUACAGUUUUUAGAGUCAUGUUUACUUCUCCUGUAUCUGUAAGUUGGGUACAUUUUGCAUCAGUCACCUCCUUGCAAAAAACAAUAUGAAUCUUGCAAGUUUCUUCCUGCCAUGUGAAGAAGUUGCAUGUCCUCUUCCCAUCUUUAGCAUUCUCCUGGUCUUUACAAAUGAUUCACCUAUUUAACUGCAUUCUGAGGCUGAUGAAUACAUUUUCUAUCUUUUGUCCUAAAGAAGGCUGAAUACCCUUAAAGUGAGUAUUGAUUUAGAGUUAUUGUUCUUUGAGAUGAAAUCAAGGUUCUUUUUUUGCUCUGUGUUCAAUUAAUCCGAAAGAGCAACUGUUGGAAGUGUAUUUUCCAAAAGGUAGUUUGUAUUUUUUUAUUUUUUAUUUAACUCAUCUCACUUUCAUUUUGGCCAAAUAUAACUAUUUAUUAAAAUAAAUUAGUAAAGCCUUUCUUUUCAGUUUUCCUCUGGUUUCCUUCCUUUUAUCUGUGGUUAUCCUCUGUACAGCAGUGUUUUAGUAUGGGACAAUCUUAAAAUUUGCCAUUUAGACAAUAUGGUACUGCACAAGAAGCUGAGACUGUUUUCAAGACUUGCUGUUUUUUUUCUGUGCGAGUGUGCUUAUCUAUCCUCUUGUUCAAGCAGGUUUUUGUAGGAAACGUUGAGUUCUUUCCUCUACAACAUUCUAUGGGUUGAUAGCUAACUGAUUGGCUCAUUUGUGCUCCCAGUUUGUUCCUGCCUUAAGUGCAUUGUUGCCAGAACGUCUGUGUGUCAAUACUGCCUUGCACUCAGAAAAUUAGAUUCAGAAAAGGAAUGGAUUGGUGGAUGGAGAUUCUUUCAGCGUGGCAGAGGUUAGUUUGAGGAGCCUAAAUAAAUUAAUUGGUAGAGGUGAGACCAGAUAGAUGUUUAAUGUAAAUGGUAAUCUCUGUAAUACCAAAUGUCACUGCAUAUUCUAGCUGUGCAGGAGCAGUUGAAAAGAUGAAGCCAUAAAUGUUGGUACUAGUAGUUAAUUUUGGGUCUGCAUUAUUUUACAGAAUAUGUGAUCUUUUGAAUUAUGCAUCUUCUAUAUAUGCAUUUGUUAAGUUGAACACUUUUUUUCCACCUUUUUUUUCAUCUUUAGUCUGUCAUAAUAUGUGGUUGUGUGUGUUUGGGUAUGUGUGCUAUUUGACUGACAGGUGCCAUGUCCAGGGUUGGUUCCUGCUUUGCAGUCGGUGCUGCCAGGAUAGGCUUCAGCCCACCAUGACCCUUAAAAUUGGAUUGCACAGAUUAAAGAUUUAAUGAAUUUAAAGUUUUUUUUUUCUGUUUAUAGGUUUUAAUGAAUAGAAUAUAAGUGACACUGUUUAUUUUAUUUGUUUAUGUGAAUUGUGAGUUAUUAAUAUAAAAUAACUUUGCAGGUUUAGUAACAAUUUACCAUUUGCCUUCAAUAUAUUGUUUCAUUUUGAAGAAAAGAAGACUGGAAUGACUACAGGCAAGAUGUUUUGCCCAAAUAUUACUCUAAUAUGUUAAUUGUUUUGCCUGUUCAGCAUCUUGAAACUCUGAAAGCAAACAUGAAAGCAUGCUAAUAAGGCUAUAUCUAAAAACAUAAAUUUCAAGUGAUACUUGUAUAUUGAAGUGUAAAUACCUGACAGUGGUCCCUCAACCACAGAGGCCAUUAAAAACACUGAAAGUGUCCUAUUUUCUGGCUCAGACUGUAAAUGAAGCCUAUUGGUCUUAAAUUUAGCUAUACUACUACUUGAUGUCCGAGAUUACCAUUGUUGAUUUUGGAGAUUUUUACAAGCUGAAUAAUCUUUUCAAAGGUAAAACAAAAACACUUGUACUGGCUUUGUUUGUGGGCUUAUGCUGUAUUCUUAAUUUUGCAUAAAAUGAAAAUGUGUGUGUUUAUAGACUAUACAUGAUUCAAAAUGUCCAGAUUUUGUAGAACAAAAUAACUGUAAUUUUAGUUAUAGUUACAUGUUAAAUUUGUGAGAUCCCAUUUUGAUUUUAGGUUUAUUUUUUUGCCAGUAAAAUGUUUCAUUUGAUUGUUUCUCUUCCAAAAAUGUGUUUUCUUGUAUUGAGGAACACUAAUUUGUCAUACUGGUGAAAUUGGUAUUCUUAAUGUGAUUAGCUAAAGCAGCUGAGCUGAUAAUUAACUGUUUAUUAAAGAAAUUUGCUCUGGGAGCAGUUUGGGAAAUAAUAUUAAAGCAUAUAUUUCUGCUUUAAUUUGAAAUUCACUGGUGUACCAAGCAGUGUACAUUUAACAUAUGAUACCCUUAUCUAAUUGUAAGAUUUAAACAAUAAUUUGUUUAUACCACCAGGAGUAAUGAGUAAAUGUAAAAUGGGGCAAUUAUUUUGUUUCAGUAUUGUCAGAAAAGAGAGCAGGUAAGAAAAUGUUGGUUAAUACUGAUUAAAUAUGUAGACUUGUGGAUGUUGUAAUGCCCAUACUGCAAUAAAUAGUAAUGAAAAACAUAAGGAUAUUUGCAUUUAAAAAGAGUAGAAAAUGGGGGAAUGUUGGGUAUAUUAUAACAAGAGUUAGGCCUCACCAAUAUGUUUGCAACAAUUGUGCCAGUUAAUUUUGCAGUGUUUUAGAACUGUCUUUUAAUAAUCUAGAAGCCAACAGCCCUUUCAUAAUGGAUUUAGUAUGAACUUGAACUAUAAAAUAAGCAUUGUCUGCAACUGGGGAAUUUUGAAGAUGAAUGAGUAAUUUUUUUUUAUCUAGUAAUACAACACAACCAAACUUUUGUUUUCAUUUUGUGCAUCUCCAGCCAUCAGUCGCUAGGUUAAAAAGGCCUGUCAGAUGUUCUUGAAACCAGUAGCUUAUAUUUGUCAGUAAAGAGUGAAAUUUCCUUAAAUAGAGCAUUGGUUUUGUACAACUUCUUUCAUGUAUAAAACAUGAAUAUACCAAUUUUGUUCUACUGACUCUGCCAUGUAACUUUGAGAUAUAACAAAGAGUAAUAUCUUGCACAUUUUUUGAUUUCUGUACAGAUAAAAUUGGACAAUUUAUUAAUAAAAAGUCUGCAGGUUUUUA